AUUGCUAUUCAGAAUGCCACCGAAAAAAGUAGAGACAAAAACAUCAAAACCUGCGGCAAAACCGGCAGGAAAAGGAUCUACAAGUAAAACAACAAGCAAACCUACAGAUAAAAAAAAGGAAGAGGCGGCUCCGGUUAAAGCAGCUAUUGAAGUGGAAAGCAUGCCUAUCAAGCAAUUAGGAAAAGUACUUGCUCCUGAUCCGGGACAUAACUGGUGUAAAUCUGGAAAAUGGCCUUGCUUGUUAGACCCAAGCACUACAGCUGGUACUUUUCUAAGGUACAGGGAUACUAAUUUUCUGCAAGCAGUAUCUCCAAAUGAAAUGGAAGCAGAUCGCAUAAGGAAGGCAUUACUGGGAGGUCUAAGAUAUGGCAAACCAUUGGUAAUAGAUUUAGGUGAAAUCGACAGAUUUGACAUGAUAACAACACAGAUCAAUAAUAUACAGGAUGGCUUAAUGGAGAAAAUUCUCAAUAAAAGUAUUCUACAGGUAGAAAAUUUCGAGACAUUAGUUAAAGAGGAAGAUGGCGAUGAGUAUAAACCUGACAAAUUUACUGGAGGAAUGGCAGACCAGUUUGUAUUCCUUGUAAUCAUUGCUGGCGAAGUACCCCCACCAGACGCCUCCGACAAAAUGUUUUAUAUAUUGGUCAACUGAUGUCUAUGUGAAAUAUGACUGAAAUGCAAUAGAUAUUGUUGUUUUUUUAUUAUUGUUGAUGACUUUUUAUGUGAACAUGAAUAAACGAAAAAAAGUACAAUAAAAAAUG